GUUAGCCAUGGUGAUGUUCAAGAAAGUGAAGAGCUUCUUGGUGGCGUUGAGCGAGCCCGAGAAGGUUUACUGCAGCGGGGAGAAGGUGUCGGGGCGCGUGGUGGUGGAGGUGUGCGAGGUGACCCGCGUGAGCGCCGUGAAGGUGCUGGCGUGCGGCGUGGCCAAGGUGAACUGGGCCAAGGGCCCGCAGCAGUGCAGGCAGGAGAUGGAGUACCUGCGCUUCGAGGACGUGCUGGCCCUGGAGGAGCAGCCCACGGAUGGGGAUGGCUCUGUUAUCCUGAGACCUGGAAACAAAUAUGAAUACAAAUUUGGAUUCGAGCUGCCCCAAGGGCCCCUGGGCACCACGUUCAAGGGGAAGUACGGCUCUGUGGAUUACUGGGUGAAGGCUUUCCUGGAGCGGCCGUCCUUUCCGCCGCUGGAGACCAAGCAGCGCUUCGAGGUGAUGGAUCCCGUGGACGUGAACACGCCGGAAUUACUGUCUCCAGUUGCUGCCAAGAAGGAGAAGAAGGUGUCGUGUAUGUUCAUUCCCGAUGGGCACGUGUCAGUCAGUGCUCAGAUCGACAGAAAAGGCUUUUGUGAAGGUGACGAGAUCUGCAUCAACGCCGACUUCGAGAACACCUGCUCGCGCAUCGUGGUGCCCAAGGCGGCCAUCGUGGCCAAGCACACGUACCUGGCCAACGGGCAGACCAAGGUGCUCACGCAGAAGCUGUCGUGCGUGCGAGGCAACCACAUCAUCUCGGGCAUGUCGGAGUCGUGGCGGGGCAAAACCAUCCGCGUGAAGAAGCUGAAGCCGUCGAUCUUGGGCUGCAACAUCCUGCGCGUGGAGUAUUUCCUGCAGAUCUACGUGAGCGUGCCGGGCUCCAAGAAGAUCAUCCUGGAGCUGCCCCUGGUCAUCGGCAGCCGCUCGGGGAUCGGGAGGCGGGGNNNGGGGGCGGCAGCGCAGGAGCCGCGUGGCCUCGGGGGCCUCACGGGUGGCCGGUGUCCCGCAGCUCCCCCGUGUUACCUGGACAUCGUCCCCGAAGACCAUCGCCUGGAGAGCCCCACCACCCCCCUCCUGGACGACCCCGACGGCUUCGACAGCCCCAUCUUCAUGUACGCGCCGGAGUUCAAGUUCAUGCCGCCGCCCACGUACACGGAGGUGGAUCCCUGCAACGGCAACAACAACGUGCAGUGAGGGCCGG